AUGGGCACUCUAUCUUCCAAAAACGCAUUCCCAGUGCACGACAAGACCAUCCUCAUCACCGGUGGAUCCCGCGGCAUGGGCCGCGAAGUAAGCCACCAACUCUCCCAGAAAGGCGCACACAUCAUCAUCGUCGCGCGGGACUCUCAAAAACUACAAGAAGCCAUAUCCUACAUCCGACUCGGGGCCCUCAAUCCCUCCACCCAGCGUUUCCACCACAUAAGCGCAGAUCUCUGUUCCGCAAGCGAAUGCGCACGUGUUAUCGACGAGGUGGUAGCCUGGAAUCGAGGGCCCCCCGAUACAGUAUGGUGUUGUGCGGGGAGCGCGUAUCCGGCGCUAUUUGUGGAUGCGCCGGUCGAGCAGAUAGAGAAACAGAUGGCGAGUAAUUAUAUGACGAGUGCAUAUAUGGCGCAUGCGACGUUGAGGAGUUGGCUUAAGCCGUUGGAGGAUGCUUCAACGCGUGACCAUGAUGUAUCGAGUUCUAAAAGUGAUACUCCACCGCCUGCGCGCCAUCUCAUUUUCACAGCGUCGUUUGUGGCACUGUAUAGUUUUGCGGGGUAUGCACCGUAUAGUCCGUCCAAAGCGGCGCUGCGCUCUCUUUCGGACUCGCUUUCGCAGGAGAUGAAUUUGUAUGCUGCGGCUUUUCCAGAUGCGCCGCGGGUGAGGGUACACACUAUUUUUCCGGCUACUAUUUUGACGGAAUCUUACGAGACGGAAAAUCUCACUAAGCAUGGUCUUACUUUGCAGCUUGAGGAGGGUGAUGAGGGUCGGACACCACAUGUUAUUGCAGAGAGGAGUAUUAAAGGGUUAGAGGGAGGAGAGGAGCUCAUUACGACGGAUAUGCUUACGUGGUUGGUUAAGGGAGGCGUGCUUGGAGGUAGUGUGAGGGGUGGAUUUGGAAGAGUUAUUUUGAGUUGGAUGUUAGCUGGUUUGAUGGGCAUCGUAAUGGUAUUUGUCAGGGCGGAUAUGGAUCGGAAGGCUAGAGCUUGGGGAAGAAAAUUUGGAGUGGCUAGGAGUGCGACGAAAUGA